UAGCUUGAUCACCAGUUCUCCAGUUAGCAAGCAAGCAGAAGUGUGGACGCACAGUUAAAUUUGGCAACAGUCGGGGAGAUAUAAAGAAGUUGACGCUCUAGCGACAGUAGGCUACUUAGAUAUUGAAUCGACGACAAGUAGGGCGUCAGAUAAAGUCACCGGAUCAAUAGAUCAAGAGCUCCAGACACCAGGUGUAUCAUUUCAGCGUGCGUUGUGACUGAAGACUGUGUAGCCGACGCUCUAAUACAAGACAACGCUGAGUCGUUUAAACCGAGUAGGGUAUUUUUUUUCUUUACAGCGUGAAGUUUAACAACGGAAUACUUUUUCGGUUAAAUACCACUGGAUUAAGACCACAGCAAUUCUCGGAGGAGACACGGAUACUUUCCCACCUCCCCUCCCCAUUCCUCGCUGUCCUCUACUUACCGGAAUACGCAUGGGAGGUCGGAUUAUUUGCUUAAUUUAGCGGCGAAAAUAAACAUAUUGUGGGGGGGCUUUCCCGCCAGCUGACAUGGAAACUCAACUCGUGCUUCUGCUGCUACUGGGCCUGUAUCUGAGCCCUGUAGCACAUGGAUGUGAUGAAGGAUUUGUGAAUGACAACGGAUGCAAAGAUGAUAAUGAAUGUGAACAUGAGCCUCCCAUCUGUGGAGAUCACGCCCGAUGCUACAACACACGGGGCUCCUACUACUGCAAUUGUUACCCAGGAUUCAGCUCCUCUAAAGUGAACUUCACUGGAGAGGACUCCGGAUGCAAAGCGCACCUUCGUGCCGGCCUCCAAACUCAGAUGCGGGAGCAUCUGGUUCAGCUGAUUAAUCCCAACUGGGACAGUGAUGUGGACGAGUGUGCUAUGAGUCCUCCUGUCUGCGGUCCAAAUGGCACCUGCACAAACACACCUAGCAGCUACACCUGCAUCUGUCCUCCAGGCUUCCGUAACCAUGACAACGACAACACAACAACCGCUUGCGAAGACGUGGAUGAGUGUAAGGAGAAGGCCGCUAUUUGUGGUCCAAACAGCACCUGCACAAACAUUAAUGGCAGCUACACCUGCAGCUGUGUAGAAGGGUUCAAGUUGAGCACCGUCACGGGCUACUGUGAAGGUGAGGGGCUGUGCCAAUGGCUAUGUGAAGAUGGGUGGGAUUGGGUUGCUUUAGGGAGGCUUGCGGCGAUGUCUACUGGGGGCUGGAUGGUCAAUUGGAUUGUGUGUGUGUGUGUUUGUGUGUGUGUGUGUGUGUGUGUGUGUGUGUGUGUGUGUGUGUGUGUGUGUGUGUGUGUGUGUGUGUUAAACCUGCAUCUGGGCGCUACAGUGUUGCAUGGCUCUAAGGAAUGCAAUGAGGGAUUUUACGUUGAAGACGGAGAAUGCCGUGAUGACAAUGAAUGUGACACCGUGACUGUGUAUCCCUCCAUCUGUGGAGAACAUGCCCAGUGCCUCAAUACAAAAGGCAGCUACUACUGUGAGUGUGAGGAGGGAUACCAGUCCCCUAAAGGACCGACAUUUACCGCAGAUGACCCCAAAUGCCAAGACAUAGAUGAGUGUAAAACAGUGAAUAUUUGUGGCUUGCCUUCGGAGGGGAUUUGUUCAAACACCAAUGGCAGCUACAUAUGUCUGUGUGAAGCCGGACACAGUAACUAUGGAAACCCACAAGGCAGAUGCACAAAGAUCACUUGUGAUGGGUAUGAAGAUGAUGGCUCCAAGGAACAGGGAGGAGCGCUGGGGCGACUCUGGGGGAAGAUGAGGGCCAACUGUAAAGGCCUGAGCAGCGGCCAGGGGAAGCCAGACCACUCAGCAGCACAUGGACUACUGGAGGAUGUGUUAACAGGCACAGACGACUUCCUGUCCUCUGCUGGCGACAUGGCGGACAGCAGCAAGAUGACGGGCCUGCUGACCAUGAUGGAGAAGGCCAUGAUGCUGAUUGGCCCACAGCUCAAGGAGAACAAGACCACCAUGGAGACCAACUACACAGAGGCUGAGUUAGCUGUGAAGAGAGGAAAGACUGCCCCCACAGGUCACGUGGAGCUGGCUACUGACAACGCCUCAUUUAAGACCAACUGGGAGACCGCAUCAGGCAAUGGCAUCUAUCCAGGUUUCACAGUGGCUGCCCUGGUCAGCUACCGAGGCAUCAACUCCACUCCUGCCUCUUCCCUGGAGAGUCUGAAGGAGAGCCUGAAGGAGGAGAUGGAGGCCAAGAGCAGAGAGGAGGUGCAGGAGGAGGAGGAGGACAACAAAGGGAGGAGGAGAGUGAAGGUUGACCUGGAGAUGGUAUCCAACGUGGUGACAGCCUGCGUGAGCAACCCGGACACACACAGCCUGGCAGAACCCGUUACAUUCACCUUCAAACACACAAAUACUCCGAAACAGGACCAGAAGAAGAAUAUCAAAGUGGGUUUCGAGUGUGUGUUCUGGGACGGUGGUGUGUGGUCGCAGCGCGGCUGUGUGAAGAUCCAGUCCAACGACACACACACCACCUGCAGCUGUAACCACCUGAGCAGCUUUGCUGUUCUCAUGGCCCUCUAUGACAUCAAGCACACCUUUGAGCUGCGGCUGUUGACGUGGAUCGGCCUGGCCGUCUCCCUGUUCUGCCUUGUUCUCUGCAUCCUGACCUUCGGCUUCUGCCGGUCCAUCCGAGGCACCCGCACCACCAUUCACCUGCACCUCUCCAUCUGCCUAUUCAUGGCCGACCUGAUAUUCCUCUGUGGCAUCAGCCAGGCCGGACAGCCUGGCUGUGGCCUGGUGGCUGCCUUGCUCCACUACUUCUUCCUGGCUGCGUUUGCCUGGAUGCUGCUGGAGGGCGUGCAGCUGUACAGGAUGGUGGUGCUGGUGUUCCACAGCAGCCUGAGGCCCCUGCACAUGAUCGCAGCCGGCUACGCAGGGCCCCUCGCCGUCGUUAUCAUGUCCGCCAUCGCCAACCCACAAGGAUACGGAACUGACCAACAUUGCUGGUUGUCUCUGGAGAAUGGUUUCAUCUGGGCCUUCUUCGGCCCCGUGUGCAUCAUCAUCCUCCUCAACGCCUUCUUCUUCCUCAUCACGCUGUGGAGACUGGCGCAGAAGCUCAGCAGCCUCAACCCCGACCUCACACACCUACAGAUGAUCAGGGGAUUCACGGUGACGGCGGUGGCCCAGCUGUGUGUGCUGGGUGGCAUGUGGGUGUUCGGCUGUUUCAUGUUCACCAGUGUGGCGAUGGUCUACCUGUUCACCAUCCUCAACAGCCUGCAGGGGGCACUGCUGUUUGUCAUGCACUGCCUCCUCUCGAAACCGGUGAGAGAAGAGUAUGCCAAGUUCCUCAGAUGCAUCUGCAGCCCAGAGAAGCGCAGAUACACGGACUACACAUCCAACCCCUCCAGCAACAACAGCCAACAGCCUUUGAGGACAGCCACCUCCACUGGCCAAUCAAAUCUAUGAGACCUGGUCGGCGUCCAACAGAGUAUACCGCAUCUAGGUCACAAAGUGCAUUGGUUUGUUUUUCCAAAUAAUGCAGAUCAACACAGCUCAUAGUAACCUACGGGAUAUUAUAUAUUGGAAAAGAC